ACAAAUUCAUAUUAGGCUGCAAAAUGAUUGAAAUCAUUGCACCAUCGAGUUCAUUGGCUGAUGAAAUAAUUGCGAUAAAAGCAAACGGUUUGAGACCUCACCAGAAAGUCUCAAUACAGACUCAGCAAGCAAACAACAACGGUCAACUUUUUCACGCAUAUGCCUAUUAUGCUGCUAACCACAAUAGGUUGAUAUACACCUUGGUUGAUACGUCAUUGGGAGGAAGUUACAGCGGUGUUGCUGAAAUGGGAUUAUUCUGGGCAAUGAAAAGACCAUGUCACAUUGAGGAAAGUUUUGGAAAUUUGUUCAAAUUUGACGUUGCGCCAUCCACAGUGGUUCUCAAAAUCUUUAACGGUUUUCUUGAAGAGAAGCGCAUUUGGUCAGCACAUGAAAUUGCAAGAACUAGCAUCGAACGUAGAUACAACGAUGAAAAUGCGAAAAGGAUACAGAUAAUAAUGAAAAAAUAUUCGGCACAUUAUUUCUGCCUUGUGGAAAUGAGCUUUAUACAGGAGUGUUACAUCUGGAUGCAUUGUUUGGUGGAGUCGUUGAAUUUCGUUCAUCCUUGUUAGCAAAUCAUGGAUUCGCUGUUCUGGCCCUUGGAUAUUUUAAUUGUGGAAAUAGGCCAGAAAAGUUAGAGAUUACCAGUCUUGACUAUAUUGAACAAGCAGUAGAUUAUCUGCACGAACACAAAAGUGUUAUGAAGUCUGGGAUAGGCACA